GUGUGUCUCUGUCCAUAGUCUCAGACCAGUCUGGACUGGCUGCCUCUGUGCUCUGUGUAGCCAGUUCGACAGAUUGUUUCACUGUGGAGACUUUACGGGAUUGGAGUGAGACUUUUCUUGGAUAGAUUGAUAGAUCCCAGUGAGACAGUUCUGUGUGAUGGAUAGUUUGUGACUGAUCGGGAGAUCUUUUGGGAGCAGACAAGGGUCCUGUAGCCUACAGUACGAGGCUAUCUAUCAGCAGGGAGAGGAGUUGGCUCGACUCUACAGCUACGUGACCACGCUUCACUGACUCAACCAUUGGAUGUCAUAAUGCUAUGUCCAAGCUGAAGAGGUCUGUGUCUUUUCUGGAUAAGGCUGGAGCUGGAUGCGUUUCUCUCCUGUUCUGUGAUGGUGUGAUCUCACUGCUGGAGAUGUAGGAAGCCCUAUAUUCGGCGCCUUUCACACUUUCUAGUCUCUACUAUCUCUGUCUGCCUGCCUGUAUAGAGCAGAGCAGGCCUCGCUCUGUACUGUGGAGCUUGCUUAACUGCCUGGACGGGACAUUAUAGCAUGGCUGUUUAAUCAUAUAAGUGGAUCUAUUGCUGUUGGGUAAAAAGGGAGCCGUGGUGAGAAACGGUAACGUUCCCUAGAAAGGGCCCAAACCCUGGCCGCCAUGGCCCCUCGCAAGCGUCCAGGGCGGGGCCUCUCCGAUAUUUUCUGCUGUUUUAAAGGGAGUGAUCACCCGGAGAUCACCUACCGCCUUCGCCAUGACAGUAACUUCAUCCUACAGACCAUGGAGCCCUCCCUGCCCAUGCCGCUUGAAGAGGAGCUGGAUGCCAUGUUCUCUGAGCUGGUUGAUGAGCUGGACCUGUCAGGGAAACACCGGGAAGUCAUGUUUGCGCUGCCAGCUGAGAAGAAAUGGCAGAUGUACUGUAGCAAAAAGAAGGAGGGAGAAGAGAGCAAGGGUGCGACUAGCUGGCCAGAGUUCUAUAUCGACCAGUUGAAUUCCAUGGCUGCUAGGAAGACCCUUAUUGCUUUGGAAAUGGAGGAUGAGGAAGAGAGGAACAAGACAAUAGAGAGUUUAAAGACAGCUCUAAGGACACAACCCAUGAGGUUUGUGACGCGGUUCAUCGACCUGGACGGUCUGACCUGCAUCCUGAACUUCCUGAAGAGCAUGGACUACGAGACCACCGAGUCCCAGAUCCACACGUCCCUGAUUGGCUGCAUCAAGGCCCUGAUGAACAACUCCCAGGGGCGCUCCCAUGUGCUCUCCCACACAGAGAGCAUCAACAUCAUUGCCCAGAGCCUGGCAACUGAGAACGUCAAGACCAAAGUGGCGGUGCUGGAGAUCAUGGGCGCUGUGUGUCUGGUGCCAGGAGGGCACAGGAAGAUCCUGGAGGCAAUGCUGCACUAUCAGAAGUUCGCUUGCGAGAGGACUCGCUUCCAGACUCUGCUGAAUGACCUGGACAGGAGUACGGGGCGCUACAGGGACGAGGUCAACCUGAAAACAGCCAUCAUGUCCUUCAUCAAUGCAGUGCUUAGUCAGGGAGCAGGGGAGUCGAGCUUUGAGUUCAGAAUUCACUUGCGAUACGAGUUCCUUAUGUUGGGCAUCCAGCCAAUCAUCGAUAAACUGAGGUCUCACGACAACUCAACGUUAGACAGGCAUUUGGACUUCUUUGAGAUGCUGAGAAACGAGGAUGAACUAUCUUUGGCAAAACGCUUUGACACUGUGCACAUUGACACAAAAAGUGCCACGCAAGUGUUUGAGCUCAUAAAGAAGAAGAUGAACCACACAGAUGCACACCCGCACUUUAUAUCUGUCUUACAGCACUGUCUCCUUAUGCCUUACAAGCGUAGUGGGAACACAGUGCAUUACUGGCUCCUCCUGGACCGCAUCGUCCAGCAGAUCGUCCUGCAGAACGACAAAGGUCAUGACCCUGACGUCACCCCCCUGGAGAACUUCAACGUGAAGAACGUGGUGCGAAUGCUGGUCAACGAGAAUGAAGUCAAACAAUGGAAAGAACAGGCCGAGAAAAUGAGAAAGGAGCACCAUGAGCUGCAGCAGAAGUUUGAUAAGAAGGAACGCGAGUGUGAGGCCAAGACCCAGGAGAAGGAGGACAUGAUGCAGACGCUGAAUAAGAUGAAGGAGAAGCUGGAGAAGGAGUCCAGCGAACACAAGCAGGUCAAGCAGCAGGUGGCCGACCUCUCCGCCCGGCUGCAUGACCUCAGCACUAGGCCAAAUGCAAGUGUUCCUGGUGGCCAUCCACUCAUACCUGGGGCCCCUGGAGGUCCCAUACCACCCCCUCCCAUGCAGGCUGCCAUGCCCCCACCCCCUCCACCACCCCCUGGGGGCAUGCCUCCACCGCCACCCCCUCUACCCGGUGGCCCUCCUCCUCCUCCAGGCAUGGGUCCCCCUCCUCCACCUGGAGCUCCCAUGGGACCAGGGCUGAAAAAGAACAUCCCCCAGCCCUCCAACCCACUCAAGUCAUUCAACUGGGCCAAGCUGGCUGAGAAUAAGCUGGAGGGCACUGUGUGGACGGACGUCGAUGACAUCAAGGUUUUCAAAAUCCUGGACCUUGAGGACAUCGAGAAGACCUUCUCUGCUUACCAGAGACAGCAGGACUUCUUAACAAUGAACAAUAACAAGAAAGAGUCCGAAGAUGAUACUGUGACCUCCAAGAAGGUCAAGGAGCUGUCAGUCAUUGACGGUCGCAGAGCCCAGAACUGUAACAUCCUCCUCUCUCGCCUGAAGCUGACCAAUGAGGAGAUCAAGAGGGCCAUCCUGACUAUGGACGAACAGGAGGACCUGCCCAAAGACAUGCUGGAGCAGCUGCUAAAGUUUGUCCCAGAGAAGAGUGACGUGGAUCUCCUGGAGGAGCACAAGCAUGAGCUGGACCGCAUGGCCAAAGCUGACCGCUUCCUCUACGAGAUGAGCAGGAUCAGCCAUUACCAGCAGAGGUUGCAGUCCCUCUACUUCAAAAAGAAGUUUGCUGAAAGAAUCGUCGAAGUCAAACCUAAAGUUGAAGCUCUAACCAGGGCCUCUAAAGAGAUGCUGCAGAGCCGUAACCUCAAGCAGCUUCUGGAAGUGGUCCUGGCCUUUGGUAACUACAUGAACAAGGGCCAGAGGGGAAACGCCUAUGGCUUCAAAGUGUCCUCACUCAACAAGAUCGCUGACACCAAGUCCAGCAUUGACAAGAACAUUACUCUGCUGCAUUACCUGAUCACCAUCCUGGAGCAGAAGUAUCCCAAAGUGGCUGUGUUCCAGGAGGAGCUUCAGAGUGUUCCAGAGGCAGCUAAAGUCAAUAUGACAGAGCUGGAGAAAGACAUCAACAAUCUACGCUCUGGUCUGAAGAGUGUGGAGCUGGAGCUGGAUUUCCAGAGAGGUCUUCCUCAGGUUUCGGGGGAUAAGUUUGUGUCUGUGGUGAGCCAUUUCAUCACUGUGGCCAGCUUCAGCUUUUCAGAGGUGGAUGAUUCUCUGACUGAGGCCAAGGAGCUGUUUCUGAAGGCAGUGCAGCAUUUUGGAGAGGAUGCAACCCGUAUGCAGCCUGACGAGUUCUUUGGAAUCUUCGACCAAUUCCUGCAGGCGUUCGCUGACGCUAAGCAGGAGAAUGAGAACAUGCGCAGACGCAAGGAGGAAGAGGAACGACGGGCCCGCAUGGAAGCACAGCUGAAGGAGCAGAGGGAGAAGGAGCGCAAGGCCAAGAAGACAAAGGAGAACUGUGAGGAGGACGGUGAAUUUGAUGACCUCGUUUCAGCCCUGCGCUCCGGGGAGGUGUUCGAUAAGGACUUGUCCAAGAUGAAACGCAACCGCAAACGCGUCAACUCAUCAGCUGAGACCAGCAGGGAGCGACCCGUCACCAAACUGAACCUCUGAAACAACAGAUCCUGUCUUACUGGAGCUAAGCUAUGCUGCCCUCUGGUGUCCUGGCAUGAGCCUAGUGCCCCCAGUUUUGGGAGUGGACAGAAUUCACUUCUAAAAUGGAACUGAGCAGGAAAGGGGGUGGACAGAACUCUACUUACUCUUCUGCUACUCAAGCAACAAUAACCCAGAGCUUGUGUCCAUCUGGAAACAGACAUAUAAGAUAUUACCUCCUCUGAAAACCAUGAACUAUGGAUAAGGAGUGACUCUCUAAGCUAUUUGUGUUAAUUGCCAAAACCUACACUUUUAAAAUGCUGUGCUCUGAAUGACAGUUUUUCUCCUGUCGCGGAUGGGACACUUUUUUUAAUAGCAUAGGGCUGUUGCCCUGGAGUAGGACACUCUUCUUGACCCUUCCUACCUGCAAAAAUUAGCAGGAAGUGGAAUGGAAAGCCAGGGGUCACACGCGCACACACCGGCUGUGACACAUUUCCUCUUUUAAACGGGAGAAAGUGGAACUUCUUUCCUGCUAUUGUGUUCAGUCAGUCAGACACCUCUAGAGAGUACAGUAGAGGAUGCCAACCCCAUGCAGAGAAACAGUGUCUCUUGAAGCACAACCAAUCAUGUAUGAAUUACGUUUUUGAGAUGAGCAAAAAAGCAUAACAAGAAACACAUUUUAAUACUGUUCUUAUCACAAUUUUGCAAAGACCUAAUUUAGAUAUUUAAAACCAAAUCAAAGAUGCAAUAUUACCAUUUUAUUAGAGCCUAUAACUUUCAUCUAUAAAAUACUCCAUUAGAACUGAAAUAUACAGUAUUGUAGAAGAGUAGGAUCUAAUUUUAGGCCUGCUGACUUGAAAGGACAGUGUCACUGUUUCUAUAAUAUUUGAAGAGUUACCAAAAAUAAUUGCUCUUCCUCUGGUCAUCCUAACACACGGAGGAUAUCAGUCUGGAAACUAUGCAGCCCAACAUUUGUUUUUUUGUUCAUUACUGCCAUGUACCAGUCAAAAGUUUGGACACACCUACUCGUUCAAGGGUGUUUCUUUAUGUUCACUAUUUUCUACAUUGUGGAAUAAUAGUGACGACGUCUAAACUAUGAAAUAACACAUAUAGAACCAUGUAGUAAGCAAAAAUAUGUUAAACAAAUCCAAAUAUAUUAUACAGUUUUGAUUCUUCAAAGUAGCCACCCUUUACCGUGAAUGACAGCUUUGCACAUUCUUGGCAUUCUCUCAACCAGCUUCAUGAGGAAUGCUUUUCCAGCAGCCUUGAAGGAGUUCCCACAUAUGCUGAGCACUUGUUGGCUGCUUUUCCUUCACUCUGCAGUCCAACUCAUCCCGAACCAUCUCAACCCUGUUGAGGUCGGGUGAUUGUGGAGGCCAGGUCAUCUGAUGCAGCACUCCAUCACUCUCCUUGGUCAAAUAGACCACCGGUCUAAUGUCCAUUGCUCGUGUGUCUUGGCCCAAGCAAGUCUUUUCUUAUUAUUGGUGUCCUUUAGUAGUGGUUUCUUUGAAGCAAUUCGACCAUGAAGGCCUGAUUCAUGCAGUCUCUGAACAGUUGAUGUUGAGAUGUCUGUUACUUGAACUCUGAAGCAUUUAUUUGGGCUGCAAUCUGAGGUGCAGUUAACUUUGACCGUAUCUUCUGCAGCAGAGGUAACUCUGGGUCUUCCUUUCAUGUGGCGGUCCUCAUGACAGCCAGUUUCAACAUAGCGCUUGAUGGUUCUUGCGGCUGCAUUUGAAGAAACAUGCAAAGUUCUUAAUGUUCUGCAUUGACUGACCUUUCUCUUUGCUUAUUUGGGCUGUUCUUGCCAUAAUAUGGACUUGGUCUUUUACCAAAUAGGGCUAUCUUCUGUAUAACACCCCUACCUUGUCACAAAACAACUGAUUGGCUCAAACGCAUAAAGAAGGAAAGAAAUUCCACAAAUGUACUUUUAAGAAGGCACACAUGUUUCAUUGAAAUGUAUUCCAGGUGACUACCUCAUGAAGCUGGUUGAGAGAAGGCCAAGAGUGUCAUUAAGGCAAAGGUUGGCUACUUUGAAGAAUAUCAAAUAUAAAAUAUAUAUUUGAUUUGUUUAACGCUUCUUUUUGGGUUACUACAUGAUUCCAUAUGUUAUUUAAUAAUUUUGAUUAUUCUACAAUAGUACAAAUAAAGAAAAACCCUGGAACGAGUAGCUGUGUCCAAACUUUUGACUGGUACUGUAUGUGUAUAUUAUGUACAUACUGUAUGCCCGUUCCAGUGUCACCUCACUUGACUCUCAAAAAAUCUAGGCGGCAGUCUUCCUUCUCCCUACAGUUUUCAGCUAUUAGCUUCGCCCAUGAGUGGCUCAUUUGAACUACAAACGUUAAUCAUUGCUUGCGAUGCGGCUUUCGAAACAUAUGGCCCUUAUCCUUCAUCAGAAAGAAUCCUUCAAAUAAAAAAUAUACACUUACUGCAGCAGUUUUGCACAGAUCCAGCUAUGAGUGCCUUCAUCUGACAAAACGACACUCCCCGAACUACGAUUACACAGGUGUUACGAGCACCGUCUUCUGUAAUUAGCACAGGUGGUUGCCUCUUCCGCCUGUUUUCCGAACAACAAGCGCUGUAACAUAGAGAUAUGGCCGUGUGGGAACCCUAACCCUAUCAAGGUCUGUAUCAAUUGAAUCUUUUUUUGCUGAUCUAUGACAUAAGGUCCUUAUGCUUCCAAAGCCGUACCGCAAGCAAUGCAUUAUAGUUCAGAUUCAGCGUCGGGGCUCAUAACAAAACUCCCCUGUACAGAAGACGCCUUCAUCCAAUGUGUGUAAUGGAAUGGAACCGAGAGUCAAGACCAUGGACUAUUCCUCACUGUAACAUGUACAGCAGAAAGAUUUCAGUUAUUUAGUCUUCCCCAAUUAGUACAACCUUUUCUUAAACCUUUGGUCACAUUUCUACCAACACCCUCCUUACUUAACUGUGUGAUAGCAUGUCUGAUGUAUGUGGAUUCUUUCAAUACAGCUUUAUUAUUAUUUAAACAACUUUCUAUUUCGAAACUAAAGUAAUAAACUUGGAUGUUAAUUAUC